GUCUGUAAUAGCAUCUGUAGAUAUCUUGACCAUAUCCCAAAUCUAAUAAUCUAUAAUAACUGGAAACAAUGUCUGAAGCCUUUGUAUCAUACGCUGCUUUAAUUUUAGCUGACAGCAAACUUGACAUAACUUCUGCCAACUUGGGCAGUUUGAUCAAAGCUGCUGGUGGUUCAAUUGAUAAAGUUUGGACCGAUGUUUAUGCUAAAGCCUUAGAAGGCAAAGAUUUAACUGAAGUAUUAUAUUCUCUUGCUGCUUCUGGACCAGCUACUGGAUCUGGAGCUACUACCGGAGGUGCUUCAACCGAAAGUGGUGCUUCCGAAGAAAAAGCUGCUGAAUCUGAAUCUGAAGAAGAAGAAGAAUCUGACGACGAUAUGGGUUUCGGAUUAUUCGAUUAGAUUAAUUUGCAUUUCAUUACAAAAAUUACUACUUUUUAUAAUAAGUCUAUAUUAAUUUUGUUUAAUUUAAUUUAAAUCACUUUAAUACGAUUUGAUAUAAUUUACACAGUAAAGCGUCAGUAGAAAGUAAUAUCU